GAGCUGGGAUAAGCUACUCUUUGGAUUGUCAAAUAUUGACCUGGCCACAGGAUGGUGGACAUUAGUCUCAGAUUCUGGGCAUUUGGCGACUGACGAUCCAGACAACAGAUCAAAGCAAUGUCCGCCAUGAGAUGGACUCUUGUCUUCGUUCUCCUUGUUGGGCUUUGUCUGGCCAAUCAUGACAAGUCAAAGAAGGACAAACACAACCAAGACAUUUCUCAAGGACGUGAGAAACAUCUUCUCAGCCCAUCCAAUGACACCCGCGAGCUCUCUGCCCUCGAUCUCUCAGAGAUGAACAGCAACUUUGGAUUCAACCUGUUCAAAAAAAUGGCUGACAAACACGAUGACAACAUCUUCUUCUCCCCGCUCAGCAUCUCCUUUAACCUUGCAUCGUUAAUGCUUGGGUGCCGAGGAAAUACUUAUGACGAGCUCCUGACUGGUCUAAACUGGGAGGCCUUGAAGAAGAGCAAACAAGCUAACCUACUGCCCAAUCUGCUGAAAGAACUCCGAGAUGGAGUGCAAAAAAGCGAAGGCUAUGACCUGGAGCUGGAAAGUCUCUCAUUUGUCCACCAGUUAUUCCACCUCCAUGAUGAAUUUAUUAAUGAGACGAGGAUGUACUUCGACAUGGAGUACAUUAGUCUUGACUUCCAUGACCGGGAGGUGAAAAACAUCAUCAAAGAAUUUAUUAUCAAAAAGACAAAGGGUAAAGUGACAGGGAUCCAAGAUGAGAUCGACCCCCAGACCAAGAUGAUGCUCCUUGACUUCAUCCUAUUUAAAGGAAAAUGGCAAAUUCCCUUUAAACGAGAGCAGACAACCCUCAAGUCCUUCUUUGUCAACAAAUAUCAUUCAGUAAAAGUCCCGAUGAUGUACAAGAUGGAAAAAGUCGCCUCAAUGUUCGACAAGUCGCUGUCCUGCACGGUGUUAAACCUCCCAUACAAAGGAGGCGCUCACAUGUUGAUCGUCAUGCCAGAGAAGGAUGGAGACCUUGACUCGUUAGAACCCAAAUUAUCAAUGAAGCUUGUUAUGUCCUGGCUGGAGAGAAUGAAGACCAGAAAAACAGAUAUUUUCUUCCCAAAAUUCCAACUUGAUCAGAAGUACAAGCUGAAAUCUUACCUGGAGAAGUUGGGCAUUAAGGACGUGUUUACUGGAUUGGCAAAUUUUACCGGCAUGACCGAGGACAGGAACUUAAAACUUUCCGAGGUCACCCAGAGAGCAGUGAUCAAUAUAGAUGAGAUAGGGACAGAAGCUACAGCCGUCACCGGAAGCGAAAUGAUUGCCUACUCAUUGCCGCACACAAUCCACGUGAAGCAUCCCUUCGUGUUCAUGAUCUUCAAUGAAAACUACAAAUCUCUGCUGUUCCUCGGUAGAAUUAUCGAUCCCACCCAAUCCUAAUAAUUUCGUUGAUCCCAUCCAGUUGAAAGGAAUUACUCUUCCCACAGCAAAACUUCCAUCUAUAUAGAACACUUUCUCUCUUUCUUUAAGGGUGUGCAUAAUUUUGCUACUAAAUUCUUUUUAAAGGGUGCCACCCCACAACGUGACCAAGCCAUGCGGACCACUGGUUGCAAAAUUGUCCGCCAAUUGGUUCCAUUGGGUGGAAGUGGCUCGGCUGGGUGUCCCCAGCCGUAUUGUGGGGUUGUGCCCUAAUUGCUCCAACAGAUCUAAAAUACAAAAUUAAUGUAACCAGGCUAACAAAUUAGGCUAGGGCUAAACCAGGGAGCAGAGUCUAAAGUAUUAUGCACUCCUUACCCUUAACCCCCACAAGGGCAUACAGAGUUUUCCACAGAAAAUCCCCAGGUCAUUACCCCAGGAGUAGUCUCUGUUAGCAAUGGCGGGCGAGUAGGUGGACCAAAGAUACCCAGCUACAGUACCAAGGCAGCGGGCAGGAUCGUAGUCAGACAAUACAUGGGUCAAGGCAGAGUUCUGUCAUAAGGUCAUGGGUCACGGCAGUCAGCAGACAAGAAGACAUGGUCAAGUAUACAAACUUGAUCGAUGCCCAAUGGAACAGGAACAAAGUCUCCUUUGCUUACUUCAGAAACCAAAAAGACCUUGCUCAGGCAGGGCCCAGAAAGGGGUGAUCCCACCAAUAACACUUAUCCCACAUCCACAGUACAGCUCUCGCAGCCCAUAGGAGUGAAUGGAGCACCCGUCGUGCAUUUGCACCUUCUCAUGGAGUACACAUUGACACUUGCAGACCCCCGUUCUCGUGAUCUUUAGGUCAGGCGUAUCACCUAUCCUGUAGACAACUCCUAUUAGUGGGAUGAGGCAUUUGUGCACUGGUUAACAUGAAUGGCUCUUUAAGGGAGCAGGAGCCAGCGUGUGCAGGCGACCUACAACGGUGUGGCGGCUGGGAGCAGGAACCCGACACCACCACCGGUGAAGCAGCUCUUUCUGCAUACGGCUCCUCUGUAUAUAUACAUAUCUCCAUGGUUACAGACUACAAACACUGGGUGUAGUCUGAUCCUGCAGUCACACGCUACUUCACUCCUAACACGAGUGCAGGAUCAGGUUACACAGGGUUCGUUUUUUUGUCCGUAACCAUGGAGACACAUAGGUCUGCCCCUGAGCUGUAUACACGAUUAUUGUCAAAUUUGUAUUGAAACCUGGGAUGCUAAAUUAUACACACCCUUUAAAGAAAAUAUUCUGGAUUCAAGACAGGCCUCUAUAACAUUGGGGCACUUUAUAGACUUACUGAAGGUAACAUACACUGCCAUAUUAGAGAAAUUAUAUAUUGUAUUGCUUUUUUAUCAGGAUACAGAAAAUUCUAAUAAUAUAAAUACAUUAUAUUGCC